AUGGUCGCCGGAUGUUUCGAAAACCGCAUGCCUCGCGAUGCACAUCUUCUGUUCGACGAAAUGCCUAAGAGAGACGUCUUCUCUAGGAAAGCGUUCGACGAAAUGCCUGAGAAGAAUGAGCUUUCUUGUACUGUGAUGCUUCAUGGGUUUAAUUCAAAAGAAGGUAGAGUAGAUGAGGCGAGAGAGGUUUUCGAUGAGAUGUCUGAUAGAAAUGUGAUUACUUGGACUACAAUGGUCAGAGCAUACGGUAAGAACAAUCGUGUGGAUGAUGCUAGGAAGCUUUUCGAUGAGAUGCCAGAGAAAAAUGGAGUUACGUGGACUUCUAUGGUUAUGGGGUAUACACAGAACGGACGAACUGAGGAGGCUGAAGAGAUUUUUGAAGCUAUGCCGGCGAAGACGGAUUUCGCUUGUAGUGUUAUGAUUGUUGGGUUUGGAAAGAAAAGAGAGAUGGCAAAAGCAAGGAAGGUUUUCGAUUCGAUGAAGGAGAGAGAUGAGACAGCUUGGGGGAUGAUGAUCCAAAUGUACGAAAGAAACGGUUUUGAAUCGGAGGCGCUUGGUUUAUUUGCUCUGAUGCAGAAACAGAGAGCCAUACCGAGUUUUCUGACGUUGGCCAUUGUUCUUUCGGCUUGUGUCAGGUUAGGAAGUCUCCACCAUGGAAGACAGGUCCACGCUCAGUUGGUGAAAUGUCAGUUUGGUGAUGGUACGUUGUUUGCAUAUGUCUUGAUGAGGAUGUACAUGAAAUGCGGCGAGCUUGUGAAGUCAAAGCUGGUCUUUGACAGGUGUCGUUCGAAGGACAUUGUCAUGUGGAACUCAAUCAUUUCUGGUUAUGCCUCGCACGGUCUAGGAGAGGAAGCUGUGAAAGUUUUCCAUGAGAUGAUUUUGUCUGGUAGUACUAAGCCUAACGAACUCACCUUCAGUGCAACUCUCAGAGCAUGUAGCGACGCUGGGAUGGUUGAGGAAGGGCUUAAGAUCUUUGAAUCUAUGGGAUCAGGUUUUGCGGUUAAGCCAUUAGCCUUGCAUUAUGGUUGCGUCGUAGAUAUGCUUGGGGGUGCAGGGCGGUUUGAUGAGGCAAUGAAGCUGAUUGAAAGCAUGACUGUGGAACCGGAUGGUGCAGUUUGGGGUUCUCUGUUGGGAGCGUGUAGGGCUCACUCGCAGCUGGAUUUGGCGGAAUUUGCUGCUAAGAAACUCGUAGAGAUUGAUCCGGAGAAGUAUGAGAUGGUGAGAAAGUCACCACCUUGA